CCACCUAAUCUUUAACCGCGUGUGGUUACAAAAAAUGGCGGCGAAAAGAACGUUUUCAUAGAGAAAUAAUUCUGGAUAUUUAUGAAUAAAUAUAAUAGUUUUCCACUUUGGACGUACUUUACAGUUAUAACAAGUUUCAAUAAACUUUCCUAACAAUGUCAGAUCGUCAAGAAGGCAUCAUCUCACAUUUAGUUCUAAUUUUAACAUCACGACUUUUACAAAAAGACAAGAAGUCAAGUGAAGUGUCUGAGUUCUUUCAAUAUGCCCUGAGGGUUCUUGGAAGUCGUUUUACCUCAUCAAUGUCCAAAGAUGAAUUCCAGGUUGUUGAGAGAAUGAAAAGGCAAUUUGUGCAUGAUCAUAAAGAAAAAGAUGCUGCUCUUCUUGGUGAAUUAUAUAGCAAAAUAUCAUCAAAAAGCUCCCUGAAGAAUCGAUGGUCAAUAUUGUAUUUGUUGUCAAUUCUUCGUAAUAAAGAUCACAAUGAUAGUGAACGCAAGAGCGGUGAAAUGCCUGCUUUCUUUGGUCGUGGGUUACCAGCCUUAUCAACAUCUACUCCUCAACAACUACCACAAACCACUAUAGUUCCUCAUGGUCCUUCAACUGGGAGUAGUAGUGGUAUAAGUAGUAUACCCUACACCGCUCGCACCACUUCCGCGUAUUCUCUAUCGUCUGGUGUACAUUCCAUAACACGUGAUCAUGCGUCAUCCGUAGCAACAACGUUAUCUCGUAGAGAAGAGGAUGGUAAAUUUCGCUCACCUGGGUUGAAAACUGUUGAAGAGUAUAGAAAGAAGACUAAAGACAAUAUUGAAAAUAUGUCUUUUGAGGCAUCUGAUGCGCUCCUAAUUCGAGACCUGAUAUACGUAUUUCAAGGCAUUGAUGGCAAGUUAAUAAAAUUCGAUCAGAUAGACGAUGGUUACAGAAUUGAUCGUAGUGUAGGUGUCCCGUAUACCACACGGGCUCUGGUGAAUAAGUUAUCUGAGUUAGGUUGGUUGUUUAACAAGAUUCGUCGUUAUCGUGACGCGAGAUCUGGAGACAAGGCACUUGGCUUGGUUGGCCAGAGUUUCUGUGCGGCGUUGCAACUUGAACUUACGGAGUAUUACCGUUUGAUAGCAGUAUUUGAAGCUCAACAACAACAUUUGACAGAUGCAGGUCUUGGCAGUGAAACUUGUAGCAGUUCAUUGACGUUUAGAAGACUACUGGUAUGGACGUAUACUCCCUUACUAAGACUAAAGACGUUGGCUGCUUUAGUCGAAAUUUGCAAAGGAAAGAAAGGAGGGUCACUUCUCUCUGCAAUUCAUUCAUACAUGCAACAUGGUAAUCCAUACGUGAAAGCUUUGGUUAAACAUAUCUUAAAUCAAGUAGCGCAACCCAUUAAAAUUAUCUUAUCAAGAUGGAUUUAUGAAGGGGAACUGGAUGACGCUUUUAAUGAGUUUUUUGUAGCUGCUGACUACAGUGUUCCAGAUGAAAGACUUUGGUUUGAGAAAUACGGCAUAAGAAAAGCCAUGUUACCUUCCUUUAUUUCCCUUGAGUUGGGAACAAAGAUUUUGAAUAUUGGUAAAUCCAUAAACUUCAUUCAUCACGUUUGCCACGACCGUUUUACAUUGAAGGAACGCAAAUUAUUGAUUGAAGCAAAUACAGGUUCAACAAAAUUGACGGAUAAAGAAGAUUUUGGUGGAACUGCUCUUCAAGAGGCAAUUGAUAUUGCAUACAAGGAAACCAGCAAAUAUCUGCUUGAAAUUCUCAUCAAUAAAUACAAAUUCGUCGAUCAUCUUAAGGGAAUGAGAAGAUAUCUUCUUUUAGGACAAGGGGAUUUCAUCCGUCAUUUAAUGGAUCUACUAGAGCCAGAUCUUGCUAAGCCAGCCAGUACACUCUACACACACAAUCUCUCCGGUGUUUUGGAGGCGGCAAUAAGAGCUACAAAUGCUCAGUUUGAAGAUCCGGAUAUUAUAAAGAGACUGGAUUGUAGAUUAUUAGAGGUUUCGGUUGGUGAUUCUGGCUGGGAUGUUUUCAGUUUGUGUUAUAAAGUGGAUGGACCAAUUGGCACUGUAUUCACACCAGAAUGUACACAAAUGUAUCUAAGGAUUUUCAAUUUUCUCUGGCGAGCAAAGAGAAUGGAAUACAUCUUAACUUCAACAUGGAAGGCACAAAUGUCUUAUUCAAGACUGUUUAGAUCAUUGCCAGAACUUGGAGAUGUCCUGCACACAUGUAGUACACUAAACUCAGAAAUGAUACAUUUCAUUAAUCAAAUGCAAUAUUACAUCACAUUUGAGAUCCUUGAGUGUUGUUGGGCUGAGCUUCUUAAAAAGGUUCACGAGUCAACAAACCUGGAUGACAUUAUUGUAGCUCAUGAAAAUUUCCUGCAAUAUAUUUUAUCCAGUUGUCUCAUCGAUAACCAGUCAAAGGAUAUGUUAGAUCAACUGCGCGCAAUAUUUGAUCAGAUUAUAAAGUUUCAAACUACGCAAGACACUCUAAUUUCCCGCGCUUUAUUUGAGUUGGAGUUGAGGAAAAAAAAGACUGACGAGAUCAAAGAAAACACUGAAGAGGGACGUUGGGGAUUUACCGCGGCUGAGGAGGAACGAGAGGAAUGGAGACAAGAAGAUUUCAGAACUGAAUUUUUACCGGUUCAGCGAGCACAAUUACAAAUUGUCUCUCAGUCUUAUGAGAAUCUUGUUGAGCAGUUUUUGUUGAAGUUAACAAGUCAUUCAGAUGUCAAUUUGAGGUUUUUAAGUUUUCGACUGGAUUUCAACGAACAUUACAAGAAAAAAGAGCCGCGUUUACGCAGCACUCUCUCUGUCAAAUACUCAAGAAGAAAAGGAUUGCUUGGGAAACCGAAGAUUGAUCCAAACUGAUUGUAGAACAAGAAUUUUGUUAGUAUAGAUUCUGUAUAGCUUGUUCAUUAAAUCGAUCAUGAAACUUAAAA